AAAACAGUUGAAUAUUAUUUUCCCAUGUGUCAGUCGUAUCAUUACAAGCUUAAAGUUGUAGUAUUGUAACAUUACUUGCUGUGAAAUAAAGGUGUUUAUAAAUGAAUUUAAUGUCUUGUUACUGGUUUGACGAUAGUGUUCCUAUUUUGCAUAUUACUUCUUGAAAUUUACAGUAACGCAACAAGUUAUUCCCAGUCGAAUUCGUACACCGAGAGCAUCUAAUUUUGGCUGAAAAUUGCACUGUUUAAAGAUAUUGUCUCCUGUAUAUUUAUAACACUGCAAAAUGAAGUUCAUGGUAAUACUGCUUUUAUACAUAUUCUCUAUAAGUGCUGAUCAGAACAAAUUCUGGCCCGAGCAUACUCAACACGUCACGCCAUUCGCUCCAAGACAUGAUUAUCAGGUAGCUCGCCUAACGAACAUGAUCCUAGAGUUGUCAAAAAAUAUAUCAUCAAUUGCAAAGAUCAAAACAGACAUAUUCCACAUCAAUGCCAGAACGAGCAGAAUUGAACAAUUAAUUUCUCAGAGAAACGAGAAUGCAAAAAGAGACGUGGAAAAAAUUACUUCUAAUUUGGAAGGAACAAAAAAUCAGUUAAACGGGAAACUAAUAUAUCUUGAAAAUAAAUUAUACCGGAUAAACCACACGUUCUUUGCAAAAUUGUCACAAAUCGAAAACACAUUAUCUUUUAAUUCUUUGUAUUUAAAUACCACAGAACCACUGUUCACAAGACAAAGGUUAAUUCAUGAUACUGUAAAACCCGAAAUAGCACAACUGAAAGAUAUGGCAGUCAAUCAAGCAAGCAUAAUAAAGGCUCUAACUGACCGUGUCAACCGUGUUGGUACACAAAUACAGGGACUUCAAAUUUCAUUAGAUAAUGUAAAGUAUCUUGUCGAAGACACGGGACGUCACUUAAAUAAACCAAAAUGUAAUUUAACGUGUAAUAUUACUCCUUACUCUGCAAUAUUACCACCAGUGAAAAGUAUGAUGGAAAAUAUUUCUGAUCAAAUUCAACAGUUACCAAGAAUUCGUGAUGUGGAAGCUAUAAAGAAUGAAACUGUAACACGUUUAAAAACUAAUGAAAAUGUUGUAAAAAACGUUUUGUGGAAAGGAAUUAAUGAUUUGGAAAACAAAAUACCACCAAAUUGGGACAAACCGUCAGAACUUAGAUUAUGCGAUAGGAAUAAUGCUUCAAAUAUAAAUCAAGAUGAUUUUCAACAACUGUACACUCAAUUGAGAUUAAUAAAUACAGAUAUCAUAGAAAAUAAAAGAAAAGUUGAUGAUGGCGUUCAGAGAAUUCUUUCAGAAAUAGGAUUUUCCGUGAAAGGAGAAGCUGCAAAUAUUAAUACUAAUCUUAUUCGAAGAUUCAAUGGCAUAUCAAAUGAUAUUGCGAAGGAAGAACAAACAAUAGUGACACAUAUAACUAAUAAAAUGGAACAGAAACUAAAUCAGGUUCUGCAAGAAAUAUAUGUUAUACGUGAAUAUAUGACAUUUGUAAAAAAUGCAAAUGUACCGAAACAUUAGACAACUCAUUAUAAUACAACUUCUACCAUUACUGGAAACCGGAGUAAGAAAAUUUGAGGAAAAUAAAAAGAUCAAACAUGGAGGCCAGUAACUAAAUUAUUUGUUGAAUUAAUUUCGACCUGUGAAGGACAAACUGUGUCUGAUAAAAACGGGAUUAGACAACAUAUAAUGUUAAUAAUGUAUAUAAUAUUAAUGUAUUUGAAGGCAAUGUAAUUGCUGCAGCCAGUUUAAAAAAAUAAAACAAAUUUUUGACAAUCAAAA